UCCCCACCAUUCCCAGCGACCAGCCCUUUCGCGCCUCCCUGAGGCCCCCGCCACAGCAGCCAAGACGCCGCGGGCUGUGCUCCGAGUGAAGAAUGGGGCGUCGAAGCUGGCCAAGCCGCCGCCCGCUGCGGCCGAAGCCCCCGGAGGCGCUCCGGGCUCGGGGCUCUUCAUGGAGCGCUCGCAGAGUCGCCUCAGCCUCUCCGCCUCCUUCGAAGCGCUCGCCAUCUACUUCCCCUGCAUGAACAGCUUCGACGAGGAGGACAACGAAGAUGGCAGGAAACUCAAAGGUGCAAUCCAGCGGAGCACAGAAACUGGUCUGGCUGUUGAGAUGCCAAGCCGAACCAUCCGACAAGCCAGCCAUGAAUCCAUUGAGGACAGUAUGAACAGCUACGGAUCUGAAGGAAACUUGAAUUUCAAUGGAGUGCAUCUGGCGUCUGCUGGCCAAUUCAGUGACUUCCUGGGAAGCAUGGGGCCGGCACAGUUUGUUGGCCGUCAAACCUUGGCCACUACCUCCAUGGGGGAUGUAGAAAUUGGGUUACAAGAACGAAGUGGACAACUGGAAGUGGAUAUCAUUCAAGCCCGAGGAUUGACCCCUAAGCCCGGAUCCAAAACUCUCCCAGCUGCUUACAUCAAGGCCUAUCUUCUAGAAAAUGGGGUAUGCAUUGCAAAGAAGAAGACCAAAGUGGCUCGCAAAUCUUUGGAUCCCCUGUACAAUCAAGUAUUACUGUUCCCAGAGAGCCCCCAAGGCAAAGUACUGCAGGUCAUUGUCUGGGGCAACUACGGACGCAUGGAACGCAAACACUUCAUGGGAGUUGCCCGGGUUCUUUUAGAAGAACUGGAUUUGUCAACCUUGGCAGUGGGCUGGUAUAAGCUUUUCCCAACUUCCUCGAUGGUGGAUCCUGCUACCGCCCCACUCCUGCGCCAGUCCUCACAGCUCUCCUUGGAGAGCACAGUUGGACCUUGCUGCGACAGGUCUUAAUGAGCCAGGAAAUGCUGAGGGGACUGCUUCUGUUUUUAAAAUCAUGCUGUCAAGGUUUUGUUUGCUGGAACGCUGACCUCAAGCGCGUUGCAUCUUAGAUCAUCCUUGGAGGAUCCUGAAGGUGAAGGAGAGCCAAGUAACCUUGGGCAGAAGCCAAGAUGGGCGUCAGUGACCCUUCUUCAUCCAAGUAGGAAGUGCUGCAGGGCACCAGUUCUAAUUAUGAAACAACACACCCACACACAUACAAGACACACCUAUUGUUUCACUUUCCCCCCACUGUCAUCCCAUCCACGCACUCUCGCUUUGGAUUAAUGUAAAAUCUCAGAAAGUUGCAGCAUCUUUUUUUUACCCAGGGAAGAUAAUGUGUUUUUUGAGCUCUUUUACAAAAUUUGACAAGAUUGUUUUUGGCAGUUCUUAAAUAUUCAGAAACAAACAUCCAAUCUGAAACAAAAUAGAAGUUUUGAGGAAACUUUAUGGGUUUUUGUAAAGUUUGGGGGUGGGAGAGAGGAAUGGCAACUAUUUCUUUAGAGCCAGUUCUACAGAUCUGUUUGAUCUAGAAAUGCCAUUGCUGUAUUUUUACACUGUGCCAAACUACCAGCAGUGUCUUUUAUUAUAGGACUUUGGCCAACAGUACUGCUGAGGCAUUUUGGUUAGAAGUACCCAAAAAGUAUACUUGGGUUGCAUCGGUCGGCUCUGUUAGCUAGCAAAUGAGCCGGAUCGUUUCAUGGAGAAACAUUGAAUAUGAAAUCUCACAGGCAGAGGUGAGAGUUGGUAGUCCAUUGUUAGAUAACAAACAUUUGUGAACUUAACACACACAGACACACACUACAGCUUACCUCAGUACUUGCUCUACUUCCUCCAUUUUAAUUUUGUCCUAUAUUUUUGCAGGCAGGCUUUAGGUUUACUAGGUCCCAUCUUGCAAUGUGCUACAUUCCUUUGAAACAGUGGGGGUUGGUUUGAUGUAGCAACACAGUAUUUCACCAGAGCCAGCACACUUUUGUCACAAAAGGUGGCUGUUUUAAAAAAAAGAGAGAGAGAGAGAUAACAGGAGAUGAAACUCUGUUCUUCACCUGCAAGCUGGAUGCAAGACAUCUUUGACAAAAAGGAAUGUUUUGUUAAGGCUGCUUUAUUAUUACACAAAUAGUGUGCUGCAAUUGAGGAGGAAGAGGUCUGCUUUUGUCCUAGAGCUUAGGCAUUGGUGGUAGUGAGUGACCUAAGGCAUUUUCACAAGUGACAUUAAAGGCAUCUCUUGCUUGGUUUUGAAUGGCUGUAAAGAAUGAGCACAAAGAGUGGACUAACAGUGGCAUUUCAGCUUUCCCAUGAGCUGAGUGUGCAGUCUAUGAACAGAUGUGCUUGGCCUAGAGGGCACCAUUCGUCUUUUAUUCCCCAUAGCAUUGUAUACAUUCCAGGCUGGGUGGAGAGGAGCGUACUUUGCACUGCAUGAACCAGAGAGGGGCAUGUGAUGAUUUCACAGGAUGACCUUGACUGCCUUCAUUACAGUGAAUAAUUGCAGAUGACCACAGAAUUGUUUUCAGGCCACUUGUGAAAAUGCCAUUCUCCCUGCAGACAGGCUGUUGGCUUUGCCUAAAAAAAAAAAAACUCGAAGAGAAGUUUAUGUAAAUAUUUUUUAUGUUCACCGAUGAAGAACGUAUAUUCUGCAAGGCAGCUAGUAAGGCAGCAACUGUCCACAGAAAAAGUCCGCAUAUGAUAGAGGUGGUAGAAAGUGCCGUAGGGUUUUCAAGAUAUGAAACAUUCAGAGGUGGUUUGCCAUGGCCUGCCUCUGCAUAGAAACCCUGAACUUCCUUGGAGAUCUCCCAUUCAAGCAUUAACCAGAGCUGACUUGUUUAGCUUCUGAGGUCUGGUGAGAUCAGAUUAAAUGGCCAUCCAGGACAGGGACUGUGAUAAAGGAGCUGUGCAAACUCACUUGUUAGAACUGGUUGCACAGAUGAAAUGGCACUGUUUUACCUGGACCCAGCCAGGUGCCAAGGCCCAAGAGAGUAAUUUUAGAAAGUAACUCAGGCCAUAUUUCUCUUGUAUUUAGAUCAACCUUUUGUACUUUACUAGAUGUUUCUCUUGAUCCUCAUUUCUAAUGAACAUUUAGUUUAGCUAUCUCACAUCUGUUUUUCUGUUAAGAGUCCCGUGUUAAUAUUUAGGAACUACCUUGGAAAAUGGCUUCCUGACACGUCGAUACACAAAACUGAGGUCUAUACAGAGACUUCCAAGUAAGCAUGGCUAAAGCAUGAACUGCUGUAGAAUGAAACCUAGACAGUGAUAUGUUAUAGAUAGCCUUUUUAGUGGUUUUGGAAAUAAUGACAAGAUUACAAAAAUAAAGUAGGCCCAGUAAUGAGCUCUGUUAGAAAUAAAACUAAUAUAGAUAAUAGAAUAAGGGAAAGCUAAGAUUCUGCUUUUUAAAAAAUAUAUUAAGUUGCAGUCCAAAGUUGCAGUCUCAUUAUCCUAAUUUCUUUGACGCCUGCAGUUUCAAUAUAAGUCCCUUUUCCAAUUUUGUAUUAAUGAUUUUCUGUAUAGUGGCUGAAGGAAGGUAGUUGCAUGCAGGUUAAAAAUACAUUACAACUCUUUUUUCUUAUGUAAACACACAUUGACUGUACUUCAAGAUGACACCUCUUCAUAUUUGUGUAUAGGCAAUAUUGUACAAUAUAUGUAUGAACUAGAAUAGAUUGGAAUUAGAUUUAGUGGUUGGUAGCAUUGACUCUUUUUUGAAUAACCUUGUCUUUAAAUAUAUGGAG